CACCAUGGCGGCUGAUUUAACUCCGAGGUUUAGAAGACUGAACAGUCAAACACGGAGCCUUCGUGAAAAUGUUCCACCAGGAUUCUCUGGGCCCUUCCACGCUACACAGCUGUGGCACAACAUCAUCCAGGCGCUGCAGACACAGGUGGAGGUGCGACGGCGGCGGCGCCACCUGUGUCUGCACCCUGACUGCUUCACAGGCUCGGACGCAGUAGACGCUGUGCUCAGCUACUUGAUGCAGAACGUCUUCUUCUGUGCCAGCGAGGUGUCACGUCUCAAGGCCGCCAGGCUCUGCCAGGCGCUCAUGGAGGCCAAGGUGUUUGAGGCGGUGGGGACCAAGCUGUUCCGCCGGGACAAGGAGGCCACUUUCGAGGACACGGGCUGCAGCCUCUACCGUUUCCAGGACUGCGGCUCGCUGCCUGGCUCAGCCAUUAAGGCUGGGAAAAAUGGGGACACCGAGAACAUGGCCCCCGAGGACUUAGUGAGGAAGAGGAAGAAAGGCUCUAGACUGAGUGAGCUGAGGACCAUCUCCAACCCCCUGGCGCUGGGCCCCUCAGACCGGAGGGUAGAGAGGCUGCUGAAGAUCAUCAACCUGCAGCCCUCCCUCCCUAAAACCAUUACCAAAGCCCCCACCACCAUCUUCCUUUCAAAGACAGUGGUGGAGGAGGUGUGGAAGCAGCAGACGUUGCUUCAGCUGCUGCAGACGGUGGAGCUACCCGUGCUGGACUGUAUCCUGGCGACUCCGACCCGAGGGGCCCAGCCCCACCCCCAGGCUGCCGCCCUGCAGCUGCUGCAGAGCCACCACCAGGACCUGGUCAUCUCCAACACCUGCCUGGACCGUGAGCUGCCCCAGACCCUCAACCUUCCCGAGCUGGACGCAUGGCUGGUGGCAGCCGCCGACUGCCUGGAGCUCUUCCCUGACCAGCUGAUCGUGUUGGCGGGGGAGCACCUCCUCCAGCAGGGCAGUACCACAGAGGGGGCAGAGAGGCUGGCCGGCCAGAAGAAACUGCUGUUUGACACCAUGGCCAAGCACUACGGAGACCAGGAGAAGUCCCCGCUGCUAACCGGACGCUACCUGGAUAUCCAUAUGGCCAUACUGGACCUGCUGGACUGUGGGAAGGUGGAUGAUGCUGUCAGGGCCUAUCAGCUGUGUCUGCAUCUGUUGGAGCCUGCUGGGAGAGAUGAGCUGAGGAGGCUCCUGGCCUUCAUGGCCACAGCAGCCCAUCCGGAUGCAUGCCGUCUGCACAAACAGACAGACAACAGGGCCCUGAUCAGCAGGACAUUUCUGAAGGCCAUCGUGCAGAAUAAAGAGCUAUCUCGUACCCAGAGUGAGAGGCUGCUGCUGUUUCUGAUGGACAACCACACUCAGCUCUUUAAGACCCCCGCAUCGCUGAUUGAUGCUGUGAGGAGAACACUGCAAAUCCUGCAGCAAGGAAGAGAUCCAAACAACAUUGCGAUGUUUACUUUCUGCCAGCAGGUGUCGCUGCAGCAGUAUGAGGAUCAGUGCGAGGUGGCCACCCUGGAGAGCCUGAAGCAGCUGAUCAGGGACAUCAGCCUGAGCAAGGCCCUGUCUGUCAAGGAGAGGAGGAGGCUGGUCAAGGAGUUCCAGAAGCACCAUCCCAUAGUCUUCCUCCAGCACUUCUCCUCCACUUUCUAG